CAUCAUCAUCAUCAUCCGCCAUCUCAGAGUUCCGAAGCCUGUCCUCUGUCAAACUGCUCGUGCAAACUAGGAGCUUAGGCUAGCAGCGCUGUCGACACACAGAGCUGCUCGUUCUAUGAAUGCCUCGACGUCUAAAAGAGAGAAUAUGUAUUAUCUUAGGCUGAGCACCAUACAGUAGGCAGAUGAACAACCUCCAGGGACAUGACUGGUUUUUGCAAGAAACACGUGUCUAACGCGCCACUUGAGGUGGAAUCUCUUGGUCCGAGACGCUGACUUCGGAAUCCACAACUUGACAAAGGUGGGAUGCAGGAAGUACGGUUCUAGUACUUGCGAAGCUUGAGCUCCUAUAUACAUUAUAAAUAUGCGUGAACGUAGAGCCUUCGGAGGCCAAUUUGGCACUAAAGUUGACUCUGAAUCCGAAUUGUGUGCCUGUCUUGGAAGCAACGAGGCGAAGGGAGGCAUGCCGCAUGUACUGUCCGAUGCUCUUGCAGAUCCAACGCGAGCUGCAGCUGAGCACUGGUGCAAGAAUGAUAAAUCCAAGAAUGUGCCGCCGGUGAUUGACAUGGGCGGCCUCAAGGGCCUUGAUCGAGACCGGGUCAAUCGAGAAAUCGCAGACGCUUGUGCCAACUGGGGAUUCUUCCAGGUGAUCAACCACGGCGUCGAUGUGUCGUUGAUGAGGAAGUCGAAGGAGGUGGCAAUGGAAUUCUUCCAGUUGCCCAUAGAGGAGAAAAUGAAAUUCACCAGGGAUCCUGGAUCCAAUGUCUACGAAGGUUACCAUCAUCCUGUACUGAGUGGGCAGGUGGCUCCGGGGAUGACGCAGACUCUGGAAUACCUCCUUAAUGUUUACGAGCCAAACUUGCAGAUACACAGGGAUCGUGUUCCGACGACCCCUACGACAUACGGGCCAACGAUAGCCGAGUAUACGACGGCAACGCGGGGUUUGGCUGAGCGAAUUUUGCAUCGCAUGUCGAACGCGCUGGGUGUUGAUCAGGACGCCAUGUACUCACGUCUCGCUGCACCAACCGGAUCCAGGAGCACAUUUCGCCUCCUCUACUAUGAACCCAAAAUGGCAAUCGACAAUGUAGCACUGAUGCCUCACACUGACCCCGGUGCCUUAACCUUAGUCCUUUCGGAUGAGGUGAGCGGCCUUCAGGUCAAGAAAGGAAAUCAAUGGCUGGACAUCGACCCUGUUCCCGACGCCUUCAUUGUCAAUGUGGGCGACAUGGCUGAGGUUUUGAGCAAUGGCAGAUACAGAAGUGCAGAGCACAGAGGCGUAUAUAACAAAUCGAAACCGAGAGUGUCCCUCAUCCACUUUUACUCUCCUGAUUUGGAUGCAACGCUAGGUCCUCUAGAGGAUAUUGUGGAUGAUACGCAUCCUGCAGUGUUCAAGUCCUUCACUUACAAGGACUACCAUACCACCUUCGUCACAAUGGGUCUUUCUGGCAAGAGCUGUAUCGAGACCUUUCGGAUUCAGAAGUAGAUCUUGAUGCAGAGUCUCCCAAUUAGAAAUCUAUGAUCUUCCCUGCUACAUCUUCGGUAUCGAAACCCGUAGCAUGUGCAAAUGUUGAAAUUUUCUCCGCUGUAAUAUAAAUAAGGACGGUUAUUUCACAGCA